GAAAUCAUUCCAGCGCCCUGCAAAAUCCAACUCUCUCUCUCUCUGCUGCACAGUCCAUUUUCUUCCUGCAACUGCCAUCUUUCUUCUUCUUCUUCUUCUUCUUCUGGAUCCCAAAAUUAACCCAUAGGAAGAAGUAUGUAUAUGGAGUCAACCACUAGCUGCUUUGACCCCACAAGCUUCGACACGAACGAAGACCACCAUGGCGACCUCUCACAACCUCUCCCGCCUCCGCCGGCCUCAAUGCCCGCCGCCCCCUCCUCUGUCAACCACCAAAACAGCUUGGUGUUGGAAUCCAUGGGCGACCUCCCAAAUUUCCAACACCACCACCUUUCCCAGUCCCAUACAGAGGACGACCCAUCCUCCGCCGCUGCAGCCAUGGAAAUGGGUUCUGGUUAUGGCGACAGCAGUAGCCCUGCUCACAUGAAUUUGAUGCUCACGGAUCGGCUGCCUUUCACAGCCACGACCCCGGACCUGAACCUUUUUAACCUACCCAGAUGCUCCGCUUCGCCUCUUCUCCCAAAUUCAUCCAUCUCCUUCACCAGCAACGACCCCAAUUCGUCCGUUCCCAAACCCCUGGUGGGCGGCGGAGGGGGGUACGGCUGGGAUCUUCCCAUCGGCGAUGGAGCUCACUCUGCCUCUUCCGUUCACUACGACCCGCUUUCCUACCUCAACCUACCGCCGCAGCCGCCCCUCUUCAGGGAGUUGUUCCAGUACCUCCCCUCCAACGGCUACGCCUCAGGCGGUUCUCCGAGAGGCGGUGGUUCUCUGUUGGGUGGCGGAAUCGAUCUCCAUGGAGAAGGAAGCAGCGUGGGCGGCGGCGCCUCUGGAGGUGGGAUUUACGCACACGGGAUCGAUGGAUCGCAGCAGCUGGAUAGUAGCGUUCUAGAGUUCAAUUGGGACAUGGCUUGUCUAGCCAAGGGGAGAGUAGCUGGAAGAAUGGCGAAGCCUCUGACAACAGAGCGGCAGAGGAGGCAGCAAGUUAACGACAAGUUUGUCACUCUCAGAAAUUUGAUUCCUAAUCCUACCAAGAACGACAAAGCUUCAGUAGUGGGAGACGCAAUUGGCUACAUCAAGGAGCUCUUAAGCACAGUGGAGGAACUGAAAUUGCUGGUGGAGAAGAAGAGGUGCAGCAGAUGGAGGAACAAGAGGCACAGGACGGAUCAAGAGGACGUUAAUGGCGGAGAGGGAGCCAUGAACGGGACCUCAUUGGAGAUGAAAGCUUCGUCUGCUGCUGAGGGUGAUCAGGUGGACAAAUCCUACAAUGGGUCGACAUUGAGGAGCUCUUGGCUUCAGAGGAAGUCCAAGGACACGGAGAUUGAUGUGAGGAUCAUUGAAGAUGAGGUGACCAUUAAAUUGGUUCAGAGGAAGAAGAUCAAUUGCUUGCUGUUUGUUUCCAAGGUGCUUGAUGAGCUGCAUUUGGAUCUUCACCAUGUCGCUGGAGGCCAUGUUGGUGAUUAUUACAGCUUCCUCUUCAAUACCAAGAUAUGUGAGGGGUCUUCAGUGUAUGCAAGUGCCAUAGCCAACAAGCUGAUUGAAGUUGUGGACAAACAGUAUGCAUCCACUCCAUCAAUAAGUUGCUACUGAUGAUCCAGAGGAGCCAUUUUCCAACCAUUUUUAAUUAGGUCAAAGUGCUAAAAGAAUUCAUGGCAAUGCAUCAGGUCAAACUGCUGGGAAAAAUGAGGACAUAGACAUUGGUCGUUGGAUUAGCAAGUUUUAUGUGUGAGCACAUUGCUAAUCCCAGACGGGGAAUUAUAUAAAACACUUGAUGUUGAUGACUUUCCUAAUAGAUGGGGCCUCACACUAGUUGCAUGAUAGUACUGUUAUAGCUAAUGGCUUAUCUGUUAUACAUGUGUGAUCGAUCAAUGGUUUGUGCUGUUCAUGGUGCAUGGCUCAACCGUAAGGAUAGGAUAAUGUUAAUUUAUUGGGCCUUAUUUCUCUCGAUAU